AUGGAACACAAAGGCGACCCACUGUCCCACGUCGCUACUCACACCCUGGAGAAAGGCCACAACUUCAAUUCCACAGGCACAAGUUACAAUAGACAUCGUAACAUAGCCCGCUGCGAUCUCUCCCUUCGUUUGCGCGACCAACAAAGCACGGCCCAGUUCCCAGUCAAGGACGAACGCAGCGGCAACAAGGCGAGACGGCGGGGAAUGCACUCGAUCUAUGACGAAUACUAUCCCCUACACCCCCAACCCCACUUGUUCUCGUAG